AUGACUGAAUCCUUUAGGAUAAAGGAACAAAAUAUAAAAGAGGAAAUUUAUUUAAAAAAUAAAAAUGAGAGCUAUAGAAAUAAUUAUUAUUAUAUUUAUCCUAACAUCAUUAACAGAAAUAUAAAUUACUUUUUUAAUAUAUAUAAACAAGUAUAUAAUAAUAUAAGUAAUUUUAAUAUUUUUCAUAAAAUGUUCAUAAAAAAAAGUAAAUAUGGUAAAGAAGUAUUUAAGAAUGAAAUGAAAAUUUACAGAAUUCUAAAUGAAGAUGAAACAAAGAACAAUCAGUUACCAACUGCAUCCAAUGAAGUAUCAGAAGGGUUAAUUUUUUUUUGUUUUAUAUUUAUAUCAGCAACAAUGUUGCAAUUUAUUUUAUCAAAAAUACACAAGUUAAAUAUUCCAGUUUCCGUCAUUUGGUUUUUAUAUGGGAUGUGUACAUAUGUGAUAGCAAAAAAUUUUAAUGUUUUUAAAGAUAACCCAUUGCACAAAUCUAUAAUAAAUGCUAGGAAUAUAGAUUCUUCCAUUUUAUAUUUUGUACUAUUACCGAUAUUAUUAUAUGAAGCAACACAAGAUAUUAAUUAUUAUGCUUUUAAAAAUUUUUUAUAUGGUGGAAUAGGGUUAGCAGUUAUAGGAGUAGCAUUGCAAGUAGGUAUAUUAGGAAUUUUGUUUUAUUAUUCUUAUAUGUAUCAACAAGAACAAUCUCCAGUAUCUAGUAGUUUUCUACUAGCAUCUAUUUUAUCUUCUACUGAUCCAGUAGCAGUAUUAUCUAUUUUAUCGGUUGUUGAUGCACCAUCAAAAAUUAGUUCGAUGUUUCAUGUUGAAUCAUUAAUAAAUGAUGGUAGUUCCGUUUUAUUAUUUCAAUUUUUUUUUUAUUUAACAAUUGGAUAUAAAGCAAAUACUUCUCAAUAUGUUAUUCUUUUUGUGAAGUUAUUAUUCUUAAGUCCAGUUUUUGGUAUAGGAAUGGCUAUGUUAACAUUUGCAUGGAUAAAUUUAUACAGAAAAUAUUAUUAUAAUCAAUGCUUAGCCACUAUAACAAUGUGUUAUCUAUGCUAUUUCAUAUCAGAAUAUUAUUUUAAUUUAUCUGGGCCUUUGGCGAUUGUUUGUUAUGGUUUAUUUAUUAAUGCAUACGGUCAUAUUGCACUAGAUGAAAUAGCUCAAAGAAAACAUAAAGAGAUAGUAGAAUUAUUAGCGCUUAUGGGGAAUUCUAGCAUUUUUAUUAUAUCUGGAAUUGUUUCAUUUGGUAUGAUGGAAAGUGUAUUUAAAGAUAACCUAUAUUUUUUUUUAUAUAUUAUAUUGACUUAUUUCUAUUUACUAUUUGCAAGAUCUCUAAUGAUUUUAAUUUUUACUCCAUUUUUAUCAAAAAUUGGUUACCAUGUCAACUGGAAGGAAAUAUUGCUACUAAUAUGGGGAGGAUUAAGAGGUGGUAUAGUUUUAGUAUUGGGAUUACGUAUUGAAGCAGCAAAUGAAAUUAAUGAUAAAUUGACGAAAGAAUUAGCAUAUUAUAUUAGUGGUAGUGUUUUAUUAAUUUUAACAAUACAAGGAUUAACAUUUGAAUGCUUAUACAAAGUACUAAAUACAUAUCCACCAAACCCAUUUCGAAUUGUUUAUUUGGAAAAAGUAUUAAAGAUGAUUGAUUAUAAUUUUUAUAUCAGAAAAAAACAUUUAAAAAAUUAUUGGCUUUUUAAAGGAACAAACAUAUUGCACUUUUCUACUAAAAUUGUACCAGAAUUACAUUGGAGAAAAAUGAACAAAUUUGGUGAAUUCGAUUUAAAUUUACCAGAUAUUUAUUCAUGUUUACAAGAUAUAAGCACUUGUGAUAUAUCUGUAUGGGAAAAUGCUUAUUAUUCGCAGACAGUAAUUGAUAGUUUUGAUGAUUUAUCAUCUCACAGUAAAAAGAGUGACAAAAAAAAUAUAAAUAAAUUUUUCUCUUUGAAAAAAAGUUUUGAUAAAAAAGUGGAAAAAUCAGAUUUUGAUCCUAAAAAAUUGACGGAAAAUAUUUAUAAUGAUGAUAAUAACAGAGAUAAUAACAACAACAACAAUAAUAAUAAUAAUAAUAAGAAUAAUAAUAACAACAACGAUAAUAACAAUGAUAAAAUACGUUCAUUUGAAAGAAAUAGACAAAAGAAUUAUAACUUAAAUUAUAAAGAAAAUCAUUAUAAUAGUGAUGAGUAUAGUUAUAUAAAGAAUUACACAAAGAGGAGAAAUUAUAAUAAUAAAAAUAGAAAAAUGUAUAUUAGUAGAAGAAAUGUUAAUCCAUGUAAGCAUGAAAUGAGAAUUAAUAUUAUUAGGAAUAAUGACAAUUAUUGUAGUAGUUUAGAUGAAGAUGAUUGCAAUUACGCAAAUGUAAAUCAUUCUAUAUCAUCAAAAAAUUUUGAUAGAUCUAGUAAUAAUUUAAAUGAACUUUCAGAUAAUGAAUCAUCAUGCACUGAAAAGGAUUGUGAGGAAAAUAAAAUAAAUUUGAAUGCGUUUAAUUAUGAUAAAAUCUCUUUAAAAAAUUAUGAUCGUUUAAUAAAUAAAAUGAAUUAUAAACAAUUUAAAAGAAAGAAGCACGAAAAAGAACACAUCACUGUUAUCGAUAACAUUGUUAAUAACAACAAUGAAAAAGAAACAUUUGAUCCCAAAUAUAAUUUAAGGUUAAUUGAACAUGCCACGGAUUUACCUAAAACAUUAAGUGACAAUUUACUUUUUAGAAGUAAUGUAAAUAAUAGUAAUUUAAGUAAUGACGAUAAGAAAAAUAAUGAUUCUACGCCGAACAAGAAAAAAAAAAAAAAAAAGAAAUUAUUAAAUUUUUUAAGUGAUCCUAAUACUUGUGAUGAAGAAGUAAAUAAAAAAGAAAGUAAAGAAAUAAAUGAACAGUUUAAUGUGGAGAAGCAUGUAAAUAAUAAUGUUAAUUAUGAUAUAAUUACGAAAGUAGACGAAUCAUUAUUAAGUGAUUAUAAGGAUUUAAAAAAAAAAAACAGUGAAGGAGAAAAAUAUACUGAUUUAUCAAAUUUAGAAAAAAACAGUAAAGAAUUGUUAAUGAAUGAUGAUUUUAUUGUUAAAAUAAAAAAAGAAAAAUUAAAUGAAAACGAAAAAGAAAGUUGCAAUAAUUCUGUAAUUAAUGAAAAUUCAAAUUAUAUAAAUGAUAUAAUAACUAAUGAAGAGAAAAGUAAAGAUAGUGAGUAUAACUUUGAUGAAUAUUUAACAUAUCAAAACUUGUUUGCAUUACAAAAUAAUGGAGAAAACAUAUCAAGUUUUUUUAAUAAUAGUUAUGAUAAAAAGUACUAUUUAAAAAAAAAUGAAAAAAAUUUAUCAGAAAUAAACAUUUCUACAAAGGGAACUAAUAGCAAAAGUUUAAUUUUAAUGAACAAAGAAAUAGAGAGAAAUAAAGAUAAAAAUAAAUGUAGGUGUAGUAAUGCAUUUGAAAAUACAUUUAAUUUUUUCUUAUGUAAGCUAAGAAGAAAAAAUUUUAACAAUAAGUUAAAAAGAAAGAUAGAAAAUAGCGAGAAUAAAAAUGAUAACGAAAAAAUAUUAUUAAAUAAUAAUUCUACAACGAGUAACAUAAUGAAUGAAGAAUUAAAAAAUUCAAAUAAAUUUGAUGAUGCUAAAAGAAAAAAAAAAUUACAAAGAAAUAAUACAGCUGAUAUUAUUACUCAAAGAUAUGACACAGAUCAAACAAUCAACUUUGAAUGUAUAGAGGAUGUAUGCCAAAAAAAAUAUGUUACUCCUUUUUAUAGUUUUUUAAAAAAGCCGAAAAAGAAAAUAAAAAAUAAAUUGUUUAGUGAGUUAAGAAGAGCAAGAAGUCAUGAAAGUUAUACACGCAAAGGUAAUUUAGGUAAAAAUGGAGAUGAUGUAUUUUAUACUACUCUUAAAAAAAAAAUUGUAAGAAAAGAACGAGAAGGAGAAUUAUAUAUUAUGAUAUUUAACACAUGUAGAGAAUUGUAUAAAAAGCUAUAUGUAAAUGGUUUUAUAUCAGGUGAAUGCUUACUAACACUUACAUCUAUACUAGAUUUAUCUGCUGAUUUUGCAUUAAAAAAAGUUAGAAUGAAUCCAAUUAAAGCAUGGGCUGAAGCAUUUGAUAAAAGAAAAGAUAAAAAUAAUAAUAAAAAAAAUAUUGAUCACAGAAAUGGUUUUGAAUAUGAAUUUCACGUAUUAUUAUCAAAGUUAAAAAUUAAUAAAAAAAACUUUUUCUUCUUUUCACCAAAAGUAGUCAACAUAUUUAUUGUUUAUGAGCAUUGUAUGAAGGAUUUACAAAUUGUUUUAUCUUAUGUUGACGUUCAUCAGUGCACGUUAGAUAAAGGAGGAAUUACUAUGAAAUUAUUAUUAGGAAAAAAUUUAUUAAAAAGUUACUACAGAAAUAUAGAAUUGGCAAAGAAUCUUAUACCUCAUAUUGCUAAUAAAUAUAGAGAUGUAGUUAAAUACUGUCUAAUAAAAAUCGGAACAGAUAUGCUACUACAUUUAAAGAAAACGAUUGUCAAUGAACAAGCAGCUAAUGGAUUGUUGUUAUCACAAGACAAUGAAAAAUUAAACGGUAUUUUCGAUGAACAACAAGUGAAAAUUAAUAGAUAUAGACCCUAUUUACAUUAUAUUUUUAAAAAAAAUAUGCUUAAAAUGAUUAUUAAGUAA